GAGUGAUUUCGAUUUAUAUGGAAUAAACAAUAGAUUUUAUUAAAAUUAAUUUUAUAUCAGUCUGUUACUGAAAAGCCAGUUUUAAAAUUUUUACUUACGAAACCUGUAAUGGAAAAUGAGUUAUUACUUACCAAAUCUAAUAUAUGUCGAACAUGUUUGCUUUCCUACAAUGAAAUGUGUUCUAUAUUUGAUAAAAUUAGUAUUGAAGACAACAAAGAAUACAUAAUCGAUAUUUUAGAAAAAUUUACUUCAUUGCAGCUUUCAAGGAAAGAUAACGUUCCUCAUUUUAUUUGUAAAUUAUGUGUUCAACAACUUGAACAGUCGUUUUUAUUCAAACAGAAGUGUUAUAAUUCUAUAAAAAAAAUAGAGAGUGAUUUAGACAAUUAUCGAUAUUUAUCAAAUUCGGAAAAUGAUUUGAAUAACGAUGCAGAAAAUAAACUUUCUCCUGCGUUUAGUAAUUAUGAAGAUACUAAUAGUUCAACAUAUGAGCCCAAACAUCGAUGUACAAUUUGUAAUAAAACUUUUAUGACUUUAGAGGAAUUAGAAAAGCAUAAGAACGAACAUGUAGACAUAAAAAAACUAACUUGUAAAGUUUGUGGAAAAAUUUUUAGCAGAAAUACUCAUCAGUAUCAGAAAAUGUAUUCUGAAUCUGAAAUUUUGGAAAAUAUCAAAUUGUUCGCAGAUUUAUACGAUUAUAAUUUAAGUGACAGAGAUAGACAUUUGAGUUUUCAAAAGUAUUUAGACGAUUAUCUCAACCUAACAACUACUGAAAUCAUUGGAGAAGUUAUAAAGUUGGUACCAAAGUGUGAUGAAACGUUACUUAAGUGUGUUUGGGGAGGAAUUGAAUACAACUGUGAUGAGUUAUUACAAUCCAGAAUCACGUUCGAUGGGCAAUGUUGCUUAUUUAAUUAUAUUCCAACCAUUAAAAAUAAAAAUUAUAGGAAAGAAAAAAUUUUCAAAAAGUUGUAUGCUCGCGGGGCUGGCGUCAACAAAGGCCUUCAACUUACUCUAAAAGACAACACAGACGAUUACUUUGUUACCACAACCGAAACGAAUGGAUACCUGAUAUACAUUUUCAAUCCUAAAGAUUUUCCUGAUAAAUCAAGUGGAGAUUUAACGGAAGUUAUUGCGAAUUUUGGCAAAGAAACAUUUAUAAGUAUUGAAGCCAGCGUUAUAUCGGGCACCGACGAUAUUAGAAUAUUACCUACCGGAAUGAGGAAUUGCAUACGUAGCGAAGAGAGGAAAACAGAAUUUGGAAAUUAUCGACAAAGUGAUUGUUUUGCACAAUGCAGAUUACACGCUAUAGAAUCCCUAUGUCGAUGUAAACCAUUCACGCAACCUUUGGACGUUUCGAAUUAUUGUACACUAAGUGAUCUACAGUGUAUGAAUAAAUACAAAACAAAAUGGAACAAUUAUUUUCCCUACGCCGAAGAAAAUUUAGGAGCGUUAGAAUUUGAAAAAUACGAAUCAAUACGGUGCUCAGAAUGUCUCCCUUCUUGUGAACAUGUAACAUACAAAGUGUCAGUGGAUCAAACGGAUACGGCUACUAAUUUAAAUAAUGCUAUUGUCAAUAUUUUUUUUAAUAAACCAGCGGGUAUGUCAUUUAAAAUUGAUGUACAACAGACAUGGUAUGAAAUGGUCAGUUCCUUCGGAGGUUACUUAUCCUUAUUGAUGGGAUUAAGCUUUAUAAAUUUAAUUGAAUUUCUGAUAUUGAUUUACAAAAUUCUUUUCUAUUUUUUUCGAUAUUUUCUGAGAAAUAUUUAUUACAAAUCAAAAAAAGAAACAAAACGAAAAUUUCUACCGUAGUCAUUUUAGUAAUAUUUAUUUUAAUAAUCGCAGCAAAUUUUAACUAUAGUAGAGAAACGUUUCUGUCAUCUUUACAACUGUCAAUAAUAAGUACGAGUGAUCAA